AUGGUCAAAGCAGUUGCUGUCGUGCGUGGUGACUCCAAUGUCAAGGGCACCGUCACCUUCGAGCAGGAGACUGAGUCUUCGCCCACCGUCAUCUCAUGGAACAUCACUGGCCAUGAUCCCAACGCUAAGCGUGGUUUCCACAUCCACCAGUUCGGUGACAACACCAACGGCUGCACUUCCGCCGGCCCUCACUACAACCCCUUUGGCAAGACCCACGGAGCUCCUACCGAUGAGAUUCGCCACGUUGGAGACCUGGGCAACAUCACCACUGAUGAACAGGGUAACGCGGUCGGAUCCACCGAAGACAAGCUCAUCAAGCUGAUCGGUGAACAUAGCGUUGUUGGCCGUACCAUUGUCUGCCACGCAGGUACCGACGAUCUAGGUCAGGGCGGAAACGAGGAGUCCACAAAGACUGGCAAUGCUGGCCCCCGCCCCGCCUGUGGCGUCAUUGGUAUCGCUGCAUAG